GCUCCUAGAACAUGCGUUGCUUCUGCAACAAACAACAUCUUUACUUUGAUGCAACCAUAAAUACAUAACGAAAGAUAUUCUACACGUUCUCUGUUGAUUUGUGAAGUGUUCGUAACAGAAACAAUGGACAGUUUUAUUCAAUAAGUGUCACUGAACGAGAUUUGAAAGGUGAUCGAAAGAUUGUCGAGCAUGGACUCCAGAGGUGAUGAAGACGAGCCCCCACCAGAUCCUGCAGCACGCAAACACAACCACCAUGAUUACACUGAACAGGAUUUUGAAGGCCACCGCGCUCACACUGUGUUCGUCGGGGUCCACGUACCAGCUCGGAGGCACUCCCACCGGAAACACAAACAUCAUCAUCGCACUGACAAAGACCCUGAGAGACCCAUUACACCGCCAGCUCAAAGAGUUCAAUUCAUACUGGGAGAAGACAUUGACGACUCAACUAUGGAAUCGCAUCCACUGUUCUCUGAGAUGGAAGAGCUGGUUAAGGAGGGUGAUGAACUUGAGUGGAAAGAGACAGCUCGAUGGAUUAAAUUUGAAGAAGACGUGGAAGAAGGAGGCAAUCGUUGGUCGAAGCCUCAUGUUGCAACUUUAUCGUUGCAUUCACUGUUUGAACUUCGAAGUUUAAUUCUUAAUGGAUCAGUCAUUCUUGAUAUGGAAGCAAAUUCCUUGGAACAAGUUGCAGAACAUGUCUUGGAUAGUAUGGUAGUAGAUGGGUUUCUCGGAUAUGACAAUAGAGAAAAAGUUAAAGAUGCAUUAUUACGUCGCCACCGACAUCAACACGAGAAAAGAAAUCAUAACAAUAUGUCCAGAUUACCGCUGAUUAGAUCUUUAGCAGACAUUGGAAGAAACCAUUCAUCAUGUAAAAAUUUCCUGGAUAAUGAUCCUCGUCAUUCAAGCUCGGGCGGACGAGGACAUUCUUCGUCUCCUCAAACUACUCUUUUACAAGCAAGCGACUCAAGAGGCUCUUAUCUAGCUGUCCCAGGUGCGCCACAUGAAGAGGGUAUGGUCAAAAGUCCAAGCGGUGCUUCUAUGAACCACGCCCAAAAUGAUAUAUUUAUAAAUGGAGAUCUUAACCAUAAGAGUAAUACACAUUUUAUGCGGAAGAUACCCCCUGGAGCCGAAGCUUCUAAUAUUCUGGUUGGUGAGGUGGAUUUUCUAGAGAAAACUCUUUCCGCCUUUGUUAGACUGAAAACAGGAACUAUUAUGGGAGAUUUGACAGAAGUCCCAGUCCCCACCCGAUUUAUGUUCGUGCUUCUUGGACCACCAAACAGUAAUUCAAGUUUUCAUGAAAUCGGACGAGCAAUGGCAACAUUAAUGUCAGACGAAAUAUUUCAUGAAGUCGCUUAUCGCGCUAAAAAGCGUGACCACUUAUUGGCUGGAAUCGAUGAAUUUUUAGAUGCUGUGACUGUUUUACCACCUGGAGAAUGGGAUCCAGCUAUAAGAAUAGAACCCCCAGCUGCUAUUCCUUCACAAGAUCCUCGAAAACGUCCAAAUGAGAACAAUUUAAAAGAAGAAUCCGACGAAGAAGAAGAGCAGAGACAACGUGAAGAGUCUGGAUUAGCAAGAAGUGGAAAAUUGUUUGGUGGUUUGAUAAAUGACCUUCGACGUAAAAUGCCUUGGUACUGGUCAGAUUUUAAAGACGCUCUGGCAUUACAAUGUAUUGCAUCUUGGAUUUUUUUGUAUUUUGCUUGUUUAUCUCCUAUUAUAACAUUCGGUGGACUUUUAGGGGAGGCGACAGGCAAAAAUAUGGCUGCAAUGGAAUCUCUUAUAUCUGGUUUUGUGUGUGGCAUGGGCUAUGGAUUCUUUUCAGGACAACCUCUAACGAUUUUAGGAUCAACAGGGCCAGUGCUUGUAUUCGAAACGAUAGUAUUUGAAUUCUGCAAGCAGAUAGGGUGGGAUUACAUGGCGUUUAGGUUUUGCAUUGGCACCUGGAUUACAAUAAUAUUAAUUAUAUUGGUGGCAAUCGAUGCGAGCGCAUUUGUGUGCUACAUAACGCGAUUUACAGAAGAAAAUUUUGCCACUUUAAUAGCUUUCAUUUUCAUUUAUAAGGCUGUUGAGAAUGUUAUUUCUAUUGGGAAAAAAUAUCCACUCAAGACACGCCCCGAUGAAAUACUAAAUUAUGAGUGCUAUUGUUUACCAAGCAAUUACUCCAGAGUGUCUGAACAAUUUAAUUGGACAAGCGUUGACAAGGAGUCUUGUAAAAUUUACAAUGGAACUUUGGCUGGCGUGGGAUGUGAUACAAAAGUUUACGUACCAGACGUUUAUUUAAUGUCAAUUAUAUUAUUCCUCGGAACAUUUACAAUAUCUAUAAUUCUUAAGGAUUUCAAAAACUCACUGUUUUUCCCAUCUAAGGUUCGUCAGAUAAUCAGCGAUUUUUCAGUUAUAAUUGCGAUAUUAUCUAUGUCAUUUUUGGACUACAGAGUUGGAGUUAAAACGCCGAAAUUAGAAGUUCCAUCGGAAUUCAAACCAACAUUGCCUUCAAGAAACUGGGUUAUAACACCAUUUAAUGGCAAUCCUGUAUGGUCUGCAUUUGUGGCCAUAUUGCCCGCACUCUUAGGCACUAUUCUUAUAUUUAUGGAUCAACAGAUUACUGCAGUUAUUGUUAAUCGAAAGGAAAAUAAACUGAAGAAAGGAUGUGGCUACCAUCUUGAUUUAUUUGUAUUAGCAAUUUUAAUUCAAAUAUGUUCCGUAAUGGGUUUGCCUUGGUUUGUCGCGGCUACCGUGUUAAGUAUUAACCACGUGAACUCUCUAAAAGUGGAAUCUGAGUGUGCAGCACCUGGCGAAAAGCCUCAGUUCUUAGGCGUAAGAGAGCAAAGAGUUACCCAUAUAUUAAUUUUCUUGAUGAUUGGAUGUUCGGUUGUUCUCACGCCAGUUUUAAGGCAUAUACCAAUGCCAGUUCUCUUUGGAGUAUUCUUGUAUAUGGGAGUAGCCUCACUCAAGGGUCUCCAAUUCUUCGAUAGAAUACUCAUCAUGUUUAUGCCACAAAAAUAUCAGCCCGAUCAUAUGUUUCUGCGCCAGGUGCCAAUUCGUCGUGUACAUCUAUUCACAUUGAUACAAUUGGCAUGCCUUAUCUGUUUGUGGGUAAUAAAAUCGUUUUCAACUACUUCCAUCCUGUUUCCACUUAUGUUGAUGGUGAUGAUUGGUAUAAGAAAGGCAUUAGACUUGUUCUUUACAAGAAGAGAAUUGAAAAUCCUGGAUGACGUCAUGCCAGAAAUGUCAAAGAGGAACCUUGAUGAACUGCACGAGCUUGGUAACGGAGAGGACGACCACAAAUGUAAUUCACCAGGAUAUCAAGACAAUAUUCAAAUCCCCCUAAUUAACGGAAACAUCAUGAACAUCCCCUUGACGUCUAUAAAUAUAUCUGAAGAAAUGAAUAAAACAGGAAUUUGGAAGCAAGUUAAUAAUACCAAUAUUACCAUAAAUGACAGUGACGGCAAAGAAAUGAAGCAAAAACCUAUUAAAAAGAUAAUUAAACAUAAGAAGCUAAUGUCAAGGAGUGCACAAUCGGAGAUCGAGAAACGUCUAUCGACAAUGGACGAAGUUGAGGAAGACGAUUCUAUCAAGAGUGAUCUAAUAAAACGAAAGGAUUCUUGGACCGGAAUAAAGACGAGAGAACGGAAACACAGCGCAUCUGCUGAAACCUCUGUGUAAACGAUGAGAUAUAUAAAAAAAUCUUAUUACUCUAUCAAUUUGAUAUUAUUAUAAUAGUUACGGUUAUUUGAUUGGCAAGGUCUGUGGUCUGGUAGGUUGUGUUGCUAUUUGUCUUAACUGUCAACAUAAACAAGAUAACUGUUAAAUGAAAACUAAAUUAUGUAGUUUAAUUAAAAUUAAGUUGUAGAAUAAUAAGCUGAUAAUUGUGUGGUGGUAAAUGGCUGUGUGUCUCGUAUUGUAUAAUUAAGGAUCGAUCCAGUGAACUUUUAGUAGUAUUGUCCAUAAAUUAAUAGAUAAUAAAUCAAUAUACCUUCAGCACUUCUUUACGGUGACGAAUAUCUUACGAGCACGUUGCAUACAGAAUAAAGAAUCGUAUGUUAAUUGUUACCCUGCAACCACGUAGCCCAAUCGUAAUAGAGCGCUCUGAUUGGAUGAUUGUUGAAAUGCAGUGUUUCGCUCAUGCUAUUGGUCGAAAUGGAUUAAAUUUUUCAGGUAUAUGCAAUAACCAAUUAACCGGCGCUUUAGUGUUGUGUUAUUUGUCAAUGUGGUUGUUAGAAUUAGCUUAUUAUCCUGAGACGAAUCUAUGGUAUUUUAGUCAAUUUUUACUAAUAAAUCUGUCUAUUGUAAUUAUGUCUAGAAUAUAAAGCACAAAAUGUAUUAUACAAUAUUUAUUAUGGAAUAAGUUAAUAGAUCGUAGAUUUUUAGGGAUAAGUUUAUUAUUUUGUUAAUUUUUUUUUUGUUUUAUAAAAUUUAAACAUUAAAUUUGUUAUUUUAGGUUUAAUUAUCGAUAAUUAUUAUUGUAGUUAUUUGAUUAACAGGAUGCAUUAAAUAUUAAAAUAUAAGUCAUUACCGAAAUAGAAACAAGUGCCAAUAAUUAUAACACCAGUAGUUUUAGUUUAGAAAAAUUAACAAUCGUAAAAAUGUUAACUGUAAGAAACUCCUGUCUUCGUUUUUAGACAUUAUUAGUUAAAUGAAAAAAUAUCACACCACGGAAUGAAUAUAUAGAUAGG